UAAGCAGCCUUGGGCCUUCCAAGGUGAAUAAAUAAAAUGGCAAGUCGUCAAAGUUUUCAGGCCUUCGGCUGCUUAACUUUUUUCUCUUGCAUUCUAUUUUGCUCAUACGCACCCACUUUCGCAUUAACUGACGUCGAACAAUCUUACAUCACUCGUCGUCAACUAUUGGCACUCCGUGAGAAUGGUAAACUCCCCGAUGGGUAUGAAUAUACUGUGAAAACGACAGAGAAAUUCGAGAAUGAAAGGCUUAGGAGGGCUUUCAUUGCUCUUCAAGCAUGGAAGAAGGCUAUGUACUCUGACCCCAAGAACAUCACGAGCAACUGGUUUGGGCCCAACGUGUGUGAUUACAAAGGUGUUUAUUGUGUCCGAGCAAUGGAUGACCCCAAAUUAAAAGUUGUGGCUGGUAUUGAUCUUAACCAUGCUGACAUCGCCGGUUACCUUCCGGUGGAGUUGGGGUUGCUGACCGAUGUUGCAUUGAUACAUUUAAACUCUAAUAGGUUUUGUGGGAUCAUCCCCGAGAGCUUAUCCGAGCUUACACUUAUGCAUGAAUUUGAUGUUAGCAACAACCGGUUCGUGGGGGAUUUCCCUAAAGUUGUACUGUCAUGGCCGAGCGUGAAGUUUAUUGAUCUCCGGUUCAAUAAUUUUGAAGGUUGUUUACCACCUGAGCUCUUCAAAAAGGAUCUGGAUGCAUUGUUUCUGAACGAUAAUCGCUUCACUUGCAACAUCCCUGAAACAAUCGGCAAAUCGACUGUCUCCGUUGUGACAUUCGCCAACAACAAGUUCAAAGGAUGUAUUCCACGUAGCAUUGGAAAGAUGUCGAACUUGGACGAGAUCAUUUUCUCAAACAAUAACCUCGGUGGUUGUUUCCCUCAAGAAAUUGGAUUGCUUCGAAAUGUUACUAUUUUCGAUGUUAGCAAGAACUCGUUCGUGGGUAGCUUGCCCGCAAACUUUUCGGGAUUCGAGAAGGUUGACGUUUUGGAUAUUUCCGGGAACAAGUUGACGGGGAGUGUGCCGGAGGAUAUUUGCAAGUUGCCGAGCUUGUCUAGUUUCAAGUUUUCUUACAACUAUUUCAGUGAGGAGCAUAUGGCUUGUAUAAAGCCUGAAAGGAAGAACAUUGUGGUGGAAGAUACUGGUAAUUGUGUGGCUGGCCGGAUGAAGCAAAAGACAGAUAAAGAGUGCAAACAGGUGGUGAGUAACCCGGUUGAUUGUAGCAAGGACAAAUGUACUGGAGGGUCUCCACCUUCUAAGCCUAAAUCACCACCACUACCACCGGUCCACUCCCCACCCCCACCAGUGCACUCCCCACCCCCACCAGUGCACUCACCACCCCCACCCGUCCACUCACCACCCCCACCCGUCUUCUCACCACCACCACCAGUGCACUCACCACCCCCACCCGUCCACUCACCACCCCCACCCGUCUUCUCACCACCACCACCAGUGCACUCACCACCCCCACCCGUCUACUCACCACCCCCACCACCAGUGUACUCACCACCCCCACCCGUCUACUCACCACCACCACCAGUGCACUCACCACCACCACCCGUCUACUCCCCACCACCACCCGUCUACUCCCCACCACCACCCGUCUACUCACCACCACCACCCCCACCCGUCCACUCCCCACCACCACCACCAGCAGUACAGUCCCCACCCCCACCAGUACAAUCUCCACCUCCACGAACUCCAUCUCCUCGUCCUGUUGUGUCUACACCGCCACCUACAAAAGAUAUUGUCCUCCCACCAAACAUAGGAUUCGAAUACCAAUCGCCACCUCCACCAAUGUUUCCAGGCUACGCCUUCGGCUGCUUUCAUUUGUUCUUUUGGAUUUUCUUUCGUUCAUUCACACCCACUUUCACAGCCGAAGCGUCUUCAAUCGCUGAUCGUCACCUGUUGUCACUCCCCAAAAAUGGUAAACUCCCCGACGGGUAUGAAUAUACGGUGAAAACGACAGAGAAAUUCGAGAAUGAAAGGCUUAGGAGGGCUUUCAUUGCUCUUCAAGCAUGGAAGAAGGCUAUGUACUCUGACCCCAAGAACAUCACGAGCAACUGGUUCGGGCCCAACGUGUGUGAUUACAAAGGUGUUUAUUGUGUCCGAGCAAUGGAUGACCCCAAAUUAAAAGUUGUGGCUGGUAUUGAUCUUAACCAUGCUGACAUCGCCGGUUACCUUCCGGUGGAGUUGGGGUUGCUGACGGAUGUUGCAUUGAUCCAUUUAAACUCCAACAGGUUUUGUGGGAUCGUCCCUGAGAGCUUAUCUGAGCUUACACUUAUGCAUGAAUUUGAUGUUAGCAACAAUUGGUUCGUGGGGGAUUUCCCCAAAGUUGUACUGUCAUGGCCGAGCGUCAAGUAUAUUGAUCUCCGAUUCAAUAAUUUUGAAGGUUGUUUACCACCUGAGCUCUUCGAAAAGGAUCUAGAUGCAUUGUUUUUGAACGAUAAUCGCUUCACUUGCAACAUCCCUGAAACAAUUGGCAAAUCGACUGUCUCCGUUGUGACAUUCGCCAAUAACAAGUUCGAAGGAUGUAUACCACGUAGCAUUGGCAAGAUGUCGAACUUGGACGAGAUCAUUUUCUCAAACAAUAACCUCGGUGGUUGUUUCCCUCAAGAAAUUGGAUUGCUUCGCAAUGUUACUAUUUUCGAUGCUAGCAAGAACUCGUUCAUGGGUAGCUUGCCGGCAAACUUUUCGGGCUUUGAGAAGGUUGACAUUUUAGAUAUUUCCGGGAACAAGUUGACGGGGAGUGUGCCGGAGGAUAUUUGCAAGUUGCCGAGCUUGUCUAGUUUCAAGUUUUCUUACAACUAUUUCAGUGAGGAGCAUAUGGCUUGUAUAAAGCCUGAAAGGAAGAACAUUGUGGUGGAUGAUAGUGGUAAUUGUGUGGCUGGUCGGAUGAAGCAGAAGACAGAUAAAGAGUGCAAGCAGGUGGUGAGCAACCCGGUUGAUUGUAGCAAGGACAAAUGUACUGGAGGGUCUCCACCUAACCAAAACACACCUACGCCACAUCGUGUAUCUCCAACGGUUCCUACCAAGCCACCAACAGCACCAACACCAGUACCUGAUAAAAUUGAACUCUCUCCAAAGUUUCCUAUUCGCCCACCAAAACCACCUCCAGCACCGGUUCCACCUCCACCAGUCCCUUCCCUACCACCACCCGUCCAAUCCCCACCACCACCUGUGCCCUCCCCACCCCCACCCGUCCACUCACCACCACCACCACCGGUUCCUUCACCCCCACCACCAGUAAAAUCCCCACCUCCACCGGUGCCCUCACCACCACCACCAUCGGUUCCUUCACCCCCACCACCAGUAAAAUCCCCACCUCCACCGGUGACCUCACCACCACCACCACCACCGGUUCCUUCACCCCCACCACCAGUAAAAUCCCCACCUCCACCGGUGCCCUCACCACCACCACCUGUUCCAUCUCCACCCCCACCUGUGCCCUCCCCACCCCCACCCGUCCGCUCCCCACCCCCACCUGUGCCCUCUCCACCCCCACCCGUCCUCUCCCCACCCCCACCACUGCACUCACCACCCCACCCGUCCUCUCCCCACCCCCACCAGUGCGCUCACCACCCCACCCGUCCUCUCCCACCACCACCACCACCCGUCUACUCACCGCCUCCACCCGUCAAGUCUCCACCACCACCAGUAAAAUCCUUACCUCCACCAACUCUAUCUCCUCCUCCUGUAUUGUCUAAACCACCACCUACAAAAGAUAUUGUCCUCCCACCAAACUUAGGAUUCCAAUACCAAUCGCCACCUCCACCAAUGUUUCCAGGCUAUUAA